UCCGGAAGGAGACAAGAUGGCGGCUACCGUAGUGAGUAGAAAACCUUUCUGGAAAUGGCCUUCUCUUUUCUAGACAAUGUGCUGAUCCAUGGGUCAUCAACCAAAGGGUUGACUCAUACAUCAGAGCCACGUCUUCCCCUUUGCCAAUAAAGAAUUUUUUGAGAAGACCAAGAGUGGCAAUGACUUGGUCACCUGGACGCCAUGAGGAUGGGACCUGUUCCUGCCACCCCUCUUCAGCGCAGAGUGUGCACCAGACUCUGGAUGAGAUGGAUUUUGAAAGAGGGAUCUGGAAUGCUGCACUGAAUGGAGACCUGGAAGGGGUCAAGAGACACAUCCUGAGACAUGGGAAACCUAAUGAGCCAGACCCUUUUGGAUACACAGCUUUGCACUACGCCAGUCGCAAUGGGCAUUACGACAUCUGCCAUUUCCUGCUGGAGCAUGGAGCCUCCUGCAAUGUCCGCACCCACGGCGGGGCCAGCCCCCUGCAUCGGGCAGCUUUCUGUGGCCACACAGCAAUAGCCCAACUACUGCUGGGCCACGGAGCUGAUCCAGCUGCCACGGAUGACGAUGGGAAGACCUGCCUCCACAAGGCAGCAGAAAAUGGGCACCAGGAACUCUGCGAGCUCAUCUUGGAGCGCCACCCUCAGCUGAGGCAUAUGCAGGACAACAGCCAGAGACGUGCUGGCGACUUGGUUCCUGCCAAGAAUGAAGGCUUGCGGAGGAAACUUUUAGAUCUGUGAUUCGUUCGUUGACAACCAGGUUGUUCCCGAAGCCAAGCGUCCAUGUUCCGUCUUCUCUUCUGAAAUUACAAAGAAAUGGCUGAACUGAAUGUUGUUUCCAGCUUCGUAAUGCGGUAUUUUUCAAUUAGAUGUUCUUCAGACACGGAUUCAAAAUUCUCCA